GAACUCUUUUUAGUAUGGAUCUCAUCACCAGUACUCACCUUUACAUUGCGGGUGGCAUUGUGCUGCUGUACGCUACUCUCCUUAGAUUCACUGUGGGCGGCAAGUCCAGCAAAGACGAGCCCAACCAGAUCCCCCACUGGAUUCCUGUCAUUGGACAUGCAUUCAGGUUCGCCCUGAACAAGCGAGAAUUUUUCCUCUGGGCAGACCGUAUCAACGCAAAGAAACCAUUCACCGUUCUUCUCGGUGGUCGCAAGCACUACAUUUUUAGUGAUCCCGCAGACUGCGCGGCCAUACACAAGAACGGCAAAUCGCUCCACAUCAGGGGCUUUGUGCGGUUCAUCUACCUGUACAUCUGGGGCUUUCUGCCUGAGGAUGCCGAUCGCAUGUGGGAAAUUAAGCAGGAAUGGCAUCGCAUUGACCUAGACUGGCUUCUGGAUCCAGCGAAGAAUCGAGUCAUCACCCAGACAUAUCUUCGCCAUCUCGAAGGACAGUUCAAGGAUCUUGAUAACGCGCUCGAACAGUCUGAGAAGGGCGUUUUACGACAAGCAGGCCUCAAGACAGUAGUUGAUCUACAGGGCAAGGCUACAGGCGCCACACUGUGGGGCGAAACUACCAUGAAGCUCAAUCCUGGCUUGAUGGAUGAUCUCACUGUGAUGGUCCGAGACGGAUUCUGGCCUUUGUUGUUCAACGCGCCUAGAUGGAUGUUUCCGAAGCCAUAUGCAGCUCGUCAGCGUCUCCAUGAAGCGUUUGCUGACAUGAUUACGAACAUCGAUGAUCGCCCUGACAUGUCUGUUUACGUGCAGGAACGCACUCGCUACUUGACCUCCCAGGGCAUGAGCGCCCAAUGCCAAGGAGCAGACAACCUUCGCACCAUGUUUGCCUCGCUACUCAACUCCAUGCCGACAGGCUACCUUGCCCUCGUACAUAUCCUUACAGAACCUGGCCUUGUAGACGAUGUGCGAGCCGAACUUGAGAAUGCCGGCUGGGCUGAUGCCGUAGCUGCCAGCGCAGACUCAAGAGAUGAUGCGCUUGAGCCAUUGAUCGCCAUCAUUCCCGACAAACUACCCCUCAUGCGUUCGAUCUGGUACGAAACUCUUCGUAUCCACAACAAUUCUCUCACUGUCCGCGAAGUCAUCGCGCCCACAGAAUUGUCCGGGAAGUCGGGCAGAACCUGGCGUCUUGAGAAGGGUGGAGUCGUUUCAAUCCCUUGUGGCUUGAUGCAUUACAACGAAAAGCUUCAUCCUGACCCGGAUGGUUUCCAUCCUGGACGAUUCAUGGAAAAGACUUUGGGUGGCGAAGGGGAGAGCGCGUCCCGCACUCUGAAGCCUUUUGGCGGAGGUAGCACGCACUGCCCUGGCCGUGUCUUCGCCGAGAAACAGAUGAUAGGGCUUGUGGCCGGAAUGAUUUGGCGCUACGACAUGACCAUAGUGAACAAGAAACAGAAGAUUCCCAAGGUGGGAGAGUUUGACAAUCUCGCCAAGCAGCCUGCGAUUUGGCUUGAUGUGCGCACGAGAGACUUGGCUGCUUGAGCUUGGCAUUUCCCGCUCAAGUCGAACCCGCUAGAUAGAAAAGCCAUGUAGAAUCUUACAUAUUGUUGCAUCGACUCA